AUGCAGUGGUAUCUCCAAUGGUCUUCAACAAUCCUCUGUCUACUUGUGUUGGAAACAUUCUCAGUAAAGCAAUUGGUUCACAAGUGACUCAAAGUGUUAAACGAAAGUCAAAAAGUGAAAUGGGGCCUGGUGACUUCAUACUAGAGGAAGAUUUGACUGGACCUCCUUUUGGUGCCGUGUUCUUCCUCAACCUGGUUCGGGGAUGCAGAAGACAAUGGAACCGCAGUUCAGGUUCUCCGAUUUGGCAUCAACCAAAUUCUGACUUCCUGUGAGAGCAAAGGGUUUGGAUCUGUAGCCCUACCUGCACUAGGGACUGGCAUUGCUCUAGAUUUUCCAGUCACUCUGGUAGCCAGGGUUUUACUGGAGGAGAUCUCAAAAUUUGAACAGGAGAGAACGACCAGCGCACCAGUUCAAGUUCUCCUUGUUCUACCAGACCAAGAGGAUGUGGAGAUCUUCAAGUGUGUACAAGAAGGUAUGAAGUACAACAGAUCCACUGAAAAUAAUCAUGACUCCAGUCCAACAAGGAUGGUUCUGCUGGGGAAAACUGGAGCUGGGAAAAGCCACCUGGCUAACACCAUCCUGGGGGAGGAAGUUUUUACUUCUUACCAUUCUCCGAAUGCAGGAACAGGAAGAUGUGAAUCAGAGACCAGAACAGUUAAUGGGAGGCGCCUCACUUUGAUCGACACGCCUGGUUUCUUCGACACCGACAAAUCGGAAGAGGAGUUGAAGCCGGAGAUAAUGCGUUGCCUCACGGAGUGCGCACCUGGACCGCACGUCUUUCUCAUUUUACUUAGAGUUGACAGAUUCACAAAGCAAGAGCAGCAGGUUAUCACUAAGAUAUGCGAUCUUUUCUCAGAGGAUGCUCUGAAAUACGCUAUGAUCGUGUUCACUCACGGCGAGCAGCUCCAAAAAGGGAUGAAAAUCGAAGAGUUUGUCAGUAAGAAUAAGAAUCUGAGUAAUCUGGUGAAGAAGUGCGGAGGUCGGUGCCAUGUCUUUGAUAAUAAACACUGGAGUGGAGACGGGCAAGAUGAUUACAGGAACAACCAGGUCCAGUUAGAGGCAUUCCUUCAAACAGUAGACAAGAUGAUGGUGGAAAAAAACGGAUCCUACUACACCAAUGACGUUCUGCAGCAUGUAGAAGAAAGGAUCCAGAAGCAAGAAAAUGAGAUUAGAAAGAUUGGGGUGUACUUACCCCCACAGGAGUUCAGGGAGAAGGCUAAAACUUUUGUGUCUAGAGAAUUUCUGAUCCAGUUAGUGGGUACUGCCACCGGUGCUUUGUUGGGGGCAUUUUUCGGAGUGGAAGAGCUAUUGAAAGUUGUAAUGAAAGUUGUGCAGACACCCCAGGUGAUGUCGCACGUGAAAACCAUAAAAACGAUGGCACCUGCAGGAGUCGAACGCAAGGCGGUGGUCGUGGCUGGUGGAGUCGUGGCAGGUGUUGCUGUGCUGGCUGCAGCUGCUGCAGGGGGAAUUCAAGGUGGUGCUAUUGGAUGUGAAGCAUCUAAGGAAGCGAAAACUCCGAUUGAAGCAAUCGAGAAGAGUUAUGACGCUGUCAUGAAGAAAAGACAUAUGUUCAAGAUGCCGUCACAAAAAUAAUAUUGUUGUUAGUGUAAUCCUAAUGAUUACACUGUCAGUCUUUUUUUUCACUUUCCAUAAAAGUACAAUAUUUUGUGUAAUCAUCCGCAGCAUUUUGAUGCAUCAAUGUGCAGCUAACAGGUGCAUAUUGCUGACAUAAACACACUGGAAUGUCAAAGGAAUGUUUUAUGUGAGCUUCAUAGCAUCUUGUGGAACCAGUGCCAAUAAGAGAUAAGGCUAUAUUUUUAGAACCAACACUAUUUUUGUCAAAAAUACUUUACUUGUUUCUAUGUAAAAAGUUCUAUUUUUAAACUAAACUAGCAAGUUCAAGGGGCCCUAGUUCUUCUAUCGCUUAUCUUUUUAAAUUCCUGCUUUUGUAAAGACACUUUAUUUCGUCAUGUAGGUAGUUCAUAGUACUACUUGUUUUAGACAGACUUUGUCAUUCUGCUGCACAUUCACAGUAUACAUAUUGAGCAAAAUUUUGUUGCAAGGCUCCCUUAAAAACAACAAAAAAAAUUGUUAAAACUAGCUGCUUUGUUCUCUGUUAAAAUACAACUGAAUAUUUAGUCAGUUUGCUGAUAUGCACAUACAGAUAUGAAAUAUUUUACAGCUUCUCUUUUGAAACGAUUAUUGAAACACUAAUAUUAUUUCUCAUAUGUGGAAUUUCUCAAUUUUGCACUGAUUUACAAGAGUUAUUUUAUUUGUUGGACACAAACCUUAAAAUGUGCUGAACAAUUUUACAAAAUUAUUUCCCUUUAUAUUUAACAGUGUUUUCUUCUGGUUGUUUUUCACUGUUUUAAUCUGCCACAAUAAAAUAUGA